AUGGGUAGACAGUGGGAUGGGGAGACAGCAGGACAGGGAGACAGCAGGACAGGGAGACAGUGGGACGGGGAGACAAUGGGACGGGGAGACAGCGGGACAGGGAGACAGUGGGACAGGGAGACAGCAGGAAAGGCAGAGAAGGGACAGGGGGACAGCGGGACAGGGAGACAGCGGGACGGGGAGACAGCAGCACGGGGAGACAGCGGGACGGGGAGACAGCGGGACGGGGAGACAGCGGGACCAGGAACUGCGGGACCAGGAGACUGGAGGACCAGGGAGACAGCGGGACGCAGAGACAGCGGGACGGGGAGACAGUGGGACGGGGAGACAGUGGGACGGGGAGACAGCGGGACAGGGAGACUGUGGGACAGGGAGACAGCAGGACAGGCAGACAAGGGACAGGGGGACAGCGGGACAGGGAGACAGCGGGACGGGGAGACAGCAGCACGGGGAGCCAGAGGGACGGGGAGACAGCGGGACCAGGAACAGCAGGACUGGGAGACGGCGGGACCGGGGAGACAGAGGGGUGGGGAGACGGCGGGACGGGGAGACAGCGAGACGGGGAGACAGUGGGACGGGGAGACAGCGGGACAGGGAGAUAGCAGGACAUGGAGACAUAAGGACAGGGAGCCAGCAGGACAGAGAGACAGCAGGACAGGGAGACAGCAGGACAGGGAACCAGCAGGACAGGAAGACAGCAGGACAGGGAGACAGCAGGACAGGGAGACAGCAGGACGGGGAGACAGCAGGACGGGGAGACAGCGGGGCGGGGAGACAGCGGGACGGAGAGACAGCGGGACGGGUAGACAGAGGGAUGGGGAGACAGCAGGACAGGGAGACAGCGGGAACGGGAAGACAGCAGGUUGGGGAGACCGCAGGACAGGGAGACAGUGGGACGGGGAGACAGCGGGACAGGGAGACAGUGGGACAGGGAGACAGCAGGACAAUCAGACAAGGGACAGGGGGACAGUGGGACAGGGAGAGAGCGGCACUUGGAGACAGCAGCGUGGGGAGACGGCGGGACGGGGAGACAGCGGGAUCAGGAACGGCGGGACAAAGAGACUUCGGGUACGGGGAGACAGCGGAACGGGGAGACAGCGGGUCGGGGAGACAGAGGGACCGGGAGACAGUGGGACAUGGAGACAGCAGGACAGGGAGACAGCAGGACAGGGAGACAGCAGGACAGGGAGACAGCAGGACAGGGAGACAGCAGGACAGGGAACCAGCAGGACAGGAAGGCAGCAGGACAGGAAGACAGCAGGAAAGGGAGACAGCUCGACAGAGAUACAGCAGGACUGGGAGACAGCAGGACAACUAGACAGCAGAAAAGGGAGACAGCAGGACAGGGGGACAGCAGGACGGGGAGCCAGCACGACAGGGAGACAGCAGCACGGGUAG